AUGGGAGAGAAUGACAUCAACUUUGACUGUCACUUCUUUGGGUUCACGCAGCUCUAUGCGCCAGACGAGAAUGAGUCAGUGGGUGCCGACAUCAUUGCGAUCGCCGGAUUGGAGGGACAUGCGUAUGGAUCUGGCAGGGACGAGGAAAAAUCUGGGUCGGAUGUGGCUCCAGGACUUCCUAUCAAAAAGGAUCUUCCGCAGUGCCGCACGAUGAUCUACGGGUACAACUCCAUACGGUCGAGCCGCGGAGUCGAUACGAUCCUCGAAUACGGCCGGGAGCUAAUGGAGGAGAUCAAGAAGAUUCAGAACACGAAGAAGGCAGGAGCCGUCUUCCGACUGAUCUGCUGGUGCUUCGGAGGCAUUAACUUGGUCAUGUAG